AUGAAUGAAGCUGUUCCUCUCAACGACUAUGAUCGUGGCCAAAACAACGAUCACGAAUCCACUCCUUUGAGAACACUGUCCGUUGAAAGCAGCAAUAAAGAACGUAUCGAUGUUGCGAAACGGCCGAAGAGAGCAAUUACGCUAGACUCAUGGCUUCUCGAGUCAAUAUCAGUGGCAGUCAGCAUGGGCUGUUUUAUCGCUAUUGCUGUCGUUUUAUAUAUAUACGAUGGCGAAGUGCGGCCGGAGAUUGGUCACGGCAUCAAUCUUAACACGAUCGUCUCGAUACUUGCGACGGGGUCCAAAUCAGCGUUGGUCUUUGCGGUUGGAGAAUCAAUCGGUCAAUUGAAAUGGCUAUGGUUUCAAGACCCCACGAAAAGUGAAAGCCAACUGGUCAGCAUACAGAGAUUCGAUGCGGCAAGUCGGGGCCCUUCUGGCUCACUCAUGAUCCUUUACCACCAUCGAUUCUGUUCUCUUGUGUCGGUCGGUGCCGCUGUUAUUGUUCUUUUGUUGUCUUUUGAUCCAUUUGUACAACAAGUUCUGACAUAUCCGGUCCGCCCAACUAUUGAUUCAAGUCCAACAUCCGGAGCAACUGCACCGCAGCUCCGUGAAUACAUCACCACGAUCAAUGACACGCGUGAUAUAGGCAUUGCUUACACUGAAGGGUUUUAUUCUCAGAACCAGGACUUCAGAGUGCCCCCUAUCUGUUCUUCUGGGAAUUGUACCUGGGAUCAAUUCUCAUCGGUCGGCAUUUGCAGCCGUUGUUCCAAUAUUUCCACAACUGCCAAACUGAAAUGCGAAUCUGCGUCGACGACCGCUAUGCGUAAAGCUUGCAGUAUCACGUUACAGGGCGGAUUUGUUUAUGAUUUCGACUUUGUUCAGAACCAAACCGAACGUUUUCAUGUCGACUUCGACAGCGGCAUAAGCAGGAAGUUCACGUACGAUACAGUGACCUUCCGGAAUCCAAUCAUUUGGAGGCCAUUUUCCUUCAACGCAUCAUGGAUCAAUCAGAUUGCGCUUGGUGCGGUGGACCGCCAACUACCCGAGUUCCCCAAUGCCACACUGGCUGGUGUGAAGGACCCACAGCUCCCGGCAGUAUAUAUCGAACUUGGGCUAAAUACCAGUCCCAUUGAACGAAAUGCGUCCAUGAUAGACAGGCUUUUUAUCACAAACGCCACUGCUUGCAGCCUCUCGACAUGUCUACGCGACUAUGACAUAAUUGUUGACAAUGGAACCCCCUCUAUCAAGACCAAGAACAUCGAUUUCGGUACAAUAUAUCAAGACAUCACCCCUGGCGGGCUGUGCUGGACGCCUGGCCCACCUGACAGUUUGGGAUUUCAAGAGGGAAGAAAUUUUACCUUUUGCGAGCCUAAAUUUGAUGAGUUGGUGAAUGUGUUAAAGUACUUUCCACUUGAGCAAAACACACAAUACACUUGGAACUCCGAUGACCUCGGCAAAGAAACCGGGUCAUAUGAAAUCCUCAGCGACGAUAGCUCAAGAUAUGCUUUUCAACUAGAACAGCUGAAUCGCAACGGGUUCGAAAAGACUGUCGAAAAUAUCGCUGCUUCACUCACUAAAUUCGGUCUUGAGGGGACGAACCAGAGUGUCGAUGGAACCGUGCAAGUUACAAAGGUCUUUGUCCAUGUUCGAUGGCCGUGGUUGAUUCUUCCUGGGUGCUUAGUCGUUGCUGGAACUAUCUUCCUAGUGGUCACCAUCGCUGUCAGCAGCAAGAACCGUGCUCCUCUUUGGAAAUCAUCCGCUUUAGUACCAUAUUACCAUGGCCUUGAGAAAGUUGAUGAUGAUCAUAAUGAAUACCGGGCGUCCAGUGCCAUGGAUAAAAACGCGGAGAAAAUGGAAGUCCAGUUGCAACGAUCCACGACCAAUGGGCGACUCAUGAUGCUACGAUGGCAAGACGACUCAACAUCGAGUAUUCAAGGGGAAUCAUCAAGUACUACUACCAGGUAG